AUGGCCGAGAGAAAGAGCAGCAUAAAUCACAGCACACAAUCAAAGGGCGGAGCUGGUGAGUUCGCCAAACAAGUCCAAAGAAAAUUCAGCAGAGCGCAGGAGAAGGUUUUACAAAAGUUUGGUAAAUCUGAAGAGACAAGAGAUGAGCAGUUUGAAAUAUGUGCACAGAACUUCCAAGAUCAGCAGAGUGAUGGACACAGAAUAUACAAGGACCUUAAGGCAUACUUAAAUGCUGUCAAAGUGAUGCGAGAUGCCUCCAGUCGUCUAUUUCAAUCUCUGUUUGAUGCUUAUGCGCUUAACUGGGAAGGUGGAGAGGACCUUGGAUCUGUGGUGGAGGGAGAGGACCUACUGUGGAGUGAUUAUGAUACAAAACUAAGAGAUCAAGCAUUCCUCACAAUGAAAUCUUACAUGAGCCAGUUUCCAGAUAUGAGGGAAAGAGUGGCCAAGCGGAAUAGAAAACUAGUGGACUAUGAUUCAACUUGUCACCACCUGGAGUCACUUCAAAAUGCCAAAAAAAAAGAUGACAUCAAGAUAGGAAAGGCUGAGGAGGAAAUGAAAACAGCCAAAAAGAUAUUUGAGGACAUGAACAGCGAACUAAAAGAGGAGCUUGCUGUUCUCUUUGACAGUCGCGUUGGAUGCUAUGUGGCAGUCUUCCAAGCUAUUUCCAACUUGAGAGGUACCUUUUAUAAGGAAAUGGCCCAGAAUAAUCAGAGUUUAGAGACUAUCUUGACGGACCUUAAAGCCCAACAUCCUGGCAAGAGCUUUGUGAUCAAAAAUUUUAGCCGUGGGACAUUAACAAGGAGGUCACUGAAAGAUGUGCUGUCUCCCAGAUCACUGAGGUCCAGCUUUUCUGACUUCCACAUGAGUUACAGUCCUCGAGGUACUCUCAGGAGAGAACACACUUCUAGUUUCAGGUCUAACAGGAGUUCAUAUGAGCUACACAUUACAGAGAACCAGGCCAGCCCAUCCAGACCAGAGCCGAUAAAGGACACCAAGGACAAUCAUGGAGUCAGGGACAAAGAUUCAAGCUUCGCAAGUGAUGACAAUUCUAAAGUGGAAGAAUCUACCACUGUAACUGUAAUAGAUACCACUGAGGCCUCUGAAAGUGCACUCAAUGCUACAAAGGAAGAUGCAAAGCAGGAUGAUCAAAGAGUUGAUACAAAUGAAGAGGAACCGGUACCAACCUCAGAGCAUGAUGAAGAGGGAGAUGAACCAAGUCCUAAAGCUUCUGAAGACAAUGCUGCCCAUCCUAAGGAGAUAUACGAGGCUGGUGAAAUGAAGAAUGGAACAGCCGCAAACCAUAAAUUAGAAAUAGAAGAAUCUGAAACUGAUUGCAAGGAAUGAACUACAUCUAAACUGCAAGUUCAUCCAGCUGGAUCAUAUUACCAAAUUUGAACCAACCAAAAUAUACAGUUUCAUAUGACAACACAGAC